AUGGUGAACAUGAGACAACUCACCAUUAGCUACAAUGCUUAUGUUCUUCUUAAGAUGGAUCAUCGUAAAUUACAGCUCCACCAACAUUUCUCCCCUAGCAUCAGUGGGUUGUUCACAGCUAGUAACUCAAGCACUUGCCUAACACAUUCUCUUGCCAUAUCAUCCCAGUGGGUUGAUGAGGCUGUAGUAAGCAGACUUGAAUACAACAUGCAGCAACUCUGCUCUGGAACUUCUAAUUUCGGGCAAGGGAAGCAAGUUCAUGCACAGUGCAUACUCCAUGGAUUACUUGACAAUGGGGUGCUGGGGCCAAAGAUUUUGAGGAUGUAUAUUCUCUGUGACAGCUUCAGGGAUGCUGUCUAA